AUGGCGCAGCUAAAAGAGAACCGCGUCGCAAAGAGGCCAAGCCCACAGAAUGGAGAACCGGGGAGACGACGAGCGCCGUAUGCACUGCGCGCUUGCGAGGCGUGUCGCCGACGAAAGGGGAAAUGCGACGGCCGGCAACCAUGCAGGUACUGUGCAGGGCGUAAGCAGACCUGCGUCUUUGACAGCAUCUAUGGCGCCGAUGACGGCCUCUGGUCCGUUCCGACGGCGACUUCUACCGAUGAUUCCACCACCGAGUCUGAUCACCCAAGGCGAGAGACCUCGUCCACGUCAAGUAACCAGGAGAACAUCAUGAAGCUUCUAUCAAGUCUCCAGGACCAAUUGAACAGUCUCGCAUCCCGCGUACAGAUUCCCAGCGAGGCGCCGAAUGCCAGACAACCACACCCAGCAUUCGCGAUGGGCGACCAGACACCCGAGGAUUUCCUGUCAGCCCUCAUCACCGACGCCGGCGUCAUCGAAACCUGUCUCGAGUCGAUUGGACCACCGUCGUGCUCCCCGCUGCGGCAGCUGUACGGCUUGCCGAGCCCGGAAGACAACAUGAAGAUGGCGCGAACCCGCGAGAGCUGCGAGAGCCAUUACCACACACCACCCGAACCGAUGCAGGAGGAGGCGAUCAACCUCGACUUCAUUCCAACCGCGUCGGGGCACGACGACGCCAUGUCUCUGACGCAGAGUACGAGCUCCUUCAACCCGCUUAUAACCGGAGGAAGCGAUUCCGAGAGACUACUGAGGUUCAAAUCCUUGAUGAACCUCGACGAAGUGGUCGGGAUGCUUGGCGUGUACCAAGAUGUCAUCGGAGAGCUCCAUCCCAUCAUCGAUGUUGACCAGACCAUUGCGCAUGCUGGAUUUUUCUUCGCGGAUGCGGAAUCAACAAGCUGGGAAAUGGUGACGGAGAAAUCGCACACGCCUUCUGAGGAAGACUUAAUCAUUCUCAAUCUUGCCCUUGCCAUUGCACUCCAUACAGAAUCGACACCCGAAAGCUCCAAUAUUGAAGCGCUUAUCGUGGACUGCAUGAAAGAGGCUGUCAACAGUCAAAUCACCAAAGCUUCCACAAGUAUGAAGCAAGUCACCAUCAUACUUCUCAAAGGAUGUUAUGAGUAUUUCAACGAUAUGCCACAGGUUGCCUGGCGGAUGUGUGGCAUCGCCGGGCGCAUACUAAUGGAGCUCGGAGUACAUAACGAGGAAACGUGGUCCCUCCUGGCAGACUCACCUCGCCAUCGCGCAGAACUCUGGACCCUAGUCUCCAGCAUUGUCAUCCUUGACCGGCAAUGGAGUGCAGCAGCAGGCUUGCCCCCAAACUUUCACGAUUCCAGUUUCAGCCCUGCCAACCUGAUCUCGGCCGACCAUCCCUACCUCAAAGCCAUGCUGUCCUUCAUCCGCGUCAGCAACAAGCUAGAAGGGCCCAUGUCACAAGCCACAAAAGACCAGCGGUACGAAGACGAGGAGAACUAUGAGCUCAUGAACUUCCAGGUGGAGCAGUGGCGGAAACGGGCCGUCGGCCACUACGCCAUCACCCAUCCCGAGACGUGGAUGUCAAGUCUUCCCAGACAACCGUCCACGUUCCCGAUCCUACUACACCUACGCGCAGAGACCAUUCGCAGUUUCCUGCUCAAACCGUGGUUCUUCUCGCGGACCGAUGCCCAGACCAGCAAGAAAUACCUACAGCCCGCGAUCGAGGUCCUCUUUGACAUUUGCGACGUGCUCUACGCCCUCAACGCCAACACGGACAUUUACCGCAAGCAGCAGCCCUACUACCAGGAACUGCUGGCCUCCGCUUCCACCCUCGGCUUCGUCCUGACGUCGUCUCUCGAGCAGAACCGUGCGACCCUGCUGGCUAGCCUGCCACCGGACCUGUCUAGGGCCAUGGGCCGGAGCUACGAGCUGGCUGUGGCGCUGGCGGCUAGCUACGUGACGAGGUCGAGAGCUGCGAAGCAUUUAUCUGAACAGCUUGCGGGGGUGCGCGGGAGUCUGGUCGGGUUCGGCAUGCUCGAGAUGCCUGGCUCCGACGAGCAGAGCGGUGGAGACAAGGACGGCGAGGUGCUCCCCGUAUCGGACUUUGUCUAUGAUGGGUCUUCGGGGUGGGACGAGGAGUUUCAGAUGCCAUGGCCAAAUAGCGAUCUGGAGAAUAGUUUUGCGGAGGGCAUAGUUUCACAGUAG